AUGACGAAACCAAUGAAUUAUGAUAAAUGGAAAAAAAUCGAAGUAUCCGAUGAUGAAGAUGAUACACAUCCAAAUAUUGAUACACCAAGUUUAUUUCGUUGGCGUCAUCAAGCACGUGUUGAACGACGUGAACAACGAAUUGAAGAACAACGUGAUCAUGAAAAGAAAAGCAAAGAACUUAUUGAACGUCGAAAAAAUUUUAAUACAAAACUUAAAAAAUUAGAAAAUGAAGGUGGUGAUGUAUCAACUUUGAAAGGUGAAAAAGAAUCUUUAGAAAAAGAAGAACGUCAAUGGAAAGAAAAAGAUGAAGAAAUAAAAAAAAGUGAACGUUUACGUCCAUUAGAUGUUGAUGAUUUAACUCAUGAAGGUAAAUCAAAAACUUCAAUUAAUAAAAAAACAACUGAAGAACGACCAAAAAAUAUGACAGAAGACGAACAAGCUGAAUAUUAUAAACAAUUUGUUGAAAAACAUAAAGCUGAUAUAAAAAAAUAUGGAAUGUUUCGUCAUUAUGAUGAUACACAAAAAUUUCUUGAAGAUCAUUUCGAAUUAGUUUGUGAAGAAACAGCUAAUUAUUUAGUUGUUUGGUGUAUCGAUUUAGAAAUGGAAGAAAAACAUGGUCUUAUGGAACAUGUUAGUCAUCAAACAAUGAUCAUGCAAUUUAUUCUUGAAUUAAGUAAAAGUUUAAAGGUUGAUCCACGUCAAUGUGUUCGACCAUUUUUUACAAGAAUGAAAACAGCCGAUGAACAAUAUAAACAAGGAUUUUUUGAUGAACUUCAAGCAUUCCGUGAACGAGUUCAAAAACGUGCAAAACAAAAAGUUGAAGAUGCUGUUAAACAAUAUGAAGAGGAAGAACGACAAAAACGUUUAGGUCCAGGUGGUUUGGAUCCGGUUGAAGUCAUGGAAUCAUUACCAAAAGAAUUACAAGAAUGUUUUGAAUCACGUGAUGUUACACAAUUACAAGAUGUUUUAUCUAAAAUGCCUCGAGAUGAAGCCGCUAAUCAUCUGGAUCGUUGUAUUAAAUCUGGUUUAUGGGUACCAAAUGCAAAAGAUGCUGAAGGUGAUGGUGAUGUUGAAACAAAAAGUGAAGAAGAAGAAAACCAAGAUAAAGUUAGACAAGAUGUUGAAAAAUUACAAGUUGAAUAA